CCAUUUUGGGGCGGGGUAAAUACGGAAGAAUUUGGAAACUGUGUCAGGCCAGUUAUUUACUAUCUUUAUUAAAUAAUUUAAGUUUUGGGACAGUGCGCAUUUUGUAUCCAUCCAUGGAGAAUUAUUACAUUAUUAAUGAUUUUAAAUACUGUAUGACCGUAUACUUGGGUUCACUGUGUUGUGAAAUGCAAAUACAGUCAGUAGGUAGCCAACAGGACAGGUCGCUGAGUUAUAACUUAGCUUGUUAUAAUUUACCCAGAAAAUAAACUAAUUACAUUUAACCUUUUCAUAUGGGAUUCCUUAUACAACCAUUACAUUCUGGGCGGCUUGGUUAUACUGAUCAUCUGAUAGCAUGUGUCAUUGUGUGAUCUAAUCUAAACAAUGGAAAAAUUAGCAUCUGCCUGUCGCUGUGCCUGUCACUGUUGUUGAUCGGGUGAAGUAAGCGCUCGCAACAAAUGCAUACAGACUGAGACAGACGUCCUCAGAAACCAAUACUGUCACCCACCUACAGUCUCGCAGAAAACAUUAUGGAAAUGGUCCAAUCACGGUGAAGCUCUGGGGCUGUACUUCCAGAUCUCAAAAGGUUUGAAUUGCCUCUGACGUCACCAGCACCAGAAAAAAAAAAACGGGACUGAAAAGGAGGAGAGAAUGAUUUAAAAAAAAAAAAAAAAAAAAAAAAAAAAAAAAAUCUGGAGGAGCUGAGUACUUUUAUCUUUAAAGGACAAAUGUAGGCCUUAGACGGCUGUAGUAAUCCGUUUUUUCUUUUUUAACAUCGAAAUUUCUCAAGAAGUUUGUAGCAGCAACCGCCUCGUUGGUCUCGUAUCCACCCCGAAACACUAACUCCAGCGCCCGACAGAUAAAAAGAACAGAAGAAAAGAUGGUGUCGUGGAUUAUCUCCAGAACAAUCGUGCUACUUUUUGGAACCUUAUACCCUGCAUACUAUUCCUACAAAGCUGUGAAAACAAAGAAUGUUAAAGAAUAUGUUCGCUGGAUGAUGUAUUGGAUCGUCUUCGCUGUCUACACCGUACUUGAAACAGUCACAGACCUCACAGUAUCUUGGUUUCCACUCUACUAUGAACUGAAGAUUGCAUUUGUAAUUUGGCUGUUGUCUCCGUAUACCAGAGGAGCCAGCCUUCUCUACAGGAAAUUCCUGCAUCCCCUUCUUUCUUCAAGAGAAAGGGAGAUUGAUGACUACAUUGUUCAGGCCAGAGAACGUAGUUAUGAGACCAUGGUAAAGUUCGGCAAGCAGGGAUUAAAUAUAGCAGCAACAGCAGCUGUCACUGCAGCUGUUAAGGGCCAGGGUGCUCUUUCGGAUCGCCUGCGAAGCUUCAGUAUGCAUGAUUUGACAGCCAUACAGGGGGACGAACCAAUGCAGCGGCCUUUCCCAGACUUACCUGAUCCUAAAAAGAAAACCAAAAUCUCAAACUUCGAGGCUUCUGACUAUGACUACAGCUUCAACCAGGAUACUGGAGAGGAAAUAAGUGAUAAAGAGAUUGAAGGGGCUUGCUCAGAGGAUGAGGCAUUGGCACAGAGAGGUGUCAGGAGAUCCCAGAGUGUAAAAAUGACAAGAUUAAGAGCUCGCAAAGAUAUACGGUAUGGAUCUCUGAAGAUAAAAAAAGGAAGAAGACCGCUCUUGAAUACAGUGAAUUAUGAACAAUAAAAUUUGCUCUACUUUGUCCUGGACCUGAUUAAUGACUUAAGCACACCUUUGUUUGAAGAAGUCCAUAUUUUUAAUAUAUAUAUUUUUUUGGUGGAGGGUCUGUUUUGCAAUUUAAAAGCUGCACCAAUUGCUUUUUAGUACAUAAAUAAAUGUUUCAAAGUGUGUAUUGUGACAUUUUAUCAGAGUACGCAAGUGAAAAGCUGAAUUAUAAUAUGUAAACUUUUUUUUAUUUUUUUUAUUUUAUUUUGUAAGCUGCAAAACAAACUCUGUUGAAACCGGUGUGUGUUUGUGAAUUUAUGAAUUUUGUUUACAGUUUUUUUUUAACCUUAUGGCCUUUGUUUUCUAUAUUUGUACAGGACUGCCUUGUUUGCCAGUAUUUCACUUUUAAACAAUACAUUCUUUUUUUAUAUACAAUUUCCUUCUCGUUGCUACCUAUGGAGAUCCUUCUUGGAACUUUGUAGUGUCUUGUAAUAUUGUCAGGGGAAUGUUUUUAACAAUUAUUAUUUUGUAAUAUAAACUGCAAGGUGGUUCAUUGGCUCAGCUCAGCAAGGAACCUCAGUACUGACCCUCUGCUUGCUGGUGAAUCUGUUCACGUCAAAGCUAGGAUCUAAGAUUUCUGAAUACCAAAUACAAGUCUGGCUUUCCACUAUGAAUAUGUGUGUUUUCCCUAGGGGGAGACUGGAUUGUGAAGUUCAGUUCAGUUUCAUGAUUCAUUCUAGGUUUAUACAAGGCCUUGCUUUUCUCUUAUACUGUCUUAUGUUGAAAAAGUCAUCUCAAUGUGGAAUGUAUAAAGGGUGUGCAAAACUGUACAUACUCUUUGCAGUACUACACCCAUACCAAGACGUUUUGAGUUAACUGUAAGAAUCCUGCUAAUUGCAAAACAAAAUGUUGCUGUCAUUACAGUAUAUAACAAAGGCAGUGAAUACUAAUAUGCAAUUAAUUAUAUUCUGGUUUCAAUUUAAAAUUGAGACGUAGAAAGUCUAAAUAACUAGCAAAUCCCUGUAAUGUACUCUUCUGCUGUUGAGUGAGAACACUUUUUAAAAAUAAAUACUUUACUUGAUAUUCAUGCACCAAAGCUUUUACUUUGAGGGAAUAAAAGAAUUUAAAUGUUCAGCUAUCAUUUCAAUUGAGUGUAUAUUUUGCAAGAUAGUUGUAAAAAUAAUGGGUAAAGUGUGUGUGUACACACACACAAGUCAUUUAAGUUGUUUGUGUGUUUAAUUAUUGAAUGGUUUUAAAAUAUUAUUAUUAUUAAUAAUAAUCUGUUUGUGCAUAGAAUCAGAUCUUGGUAAAUGUAAACCCGACCUUUAAUUUUACCAUAAAUACAAAAAGUGUACAUAUUUUAGUUAGUUUUAUUUAUUUAUUAAAACUAAUAAACAGGCCUCUACACAGUUUGGUAAUCUUAACAAAUUCCUGUUUGGUGCAGUGGCCUGUAAAAACUGGUAAACUUGUCAUGCAUUUUUUAAAAACUUGCACUACUUCUGCUUAAUUGAUAAAUUUGUUGAUGUGCAAGUACAAUCCCCUGUACUGUAUAUCAACUAAAAGUGAAAAGAAGUGACUGGCUAGUAUGGCUGCCCUCAGAGUUAUUAGUCGGGUCUGCUUGGUGUCAAAGAAUGUGGAUUGGUCACUGCAGCAGCUGUGGUCUGUGGUGGUGGUUUACUGUCACGUUAUGGAUCAUUUUAUGAAGCCGGCAGUUAGAAUUUCAGAGUGCAGGUGUGUUCCACGGUGAGACUGGAUGAUUUUUCUUUGAUGGUUGGGGCUGUUUUACAUGGGAAGGACAUUUGUCCAUUGAUUGCACUUAAAGGUCAAUAAAAUUCAACAUACCACACCUCUGUCUUAGAUGAUGAGGCUCCCUCCACAAUGUAGUGACAGAUUAUUUUAGGUGAUAAUGGGUCUAAUAAUCUAACAGUGGUGGUUCUUUAUAUCCAUGCACUUUGAGUCUCCAGAAAAAGAAAAAAUAGUGGUCUGCAAUAGAGCAGGAGCAUUACAUUUUGGUUGGUGAUAUUCAAUUUAAAAGGCUGAGUUUGUUUUAUCAUUUAAAUGCAUCAAUAUUAAGAUGGAUAAUCCUUCAGUGUUUUUUUUUUUUUUUUUUUUUUUUUUUUAGCAUUUAUGAAAUGUUGAAUAUGUAAAUUAAGUUACUUUGCCAAAAGAAAAUUAAAACAUUUAGCUUUUAUAUUUACCAUGUAUGGCCUUCUGCAACUUGUAUUAGAAAUAUAGGAAUGUUGCCAGAAGUGUGAUUCACAACUGACAUUAUUGAACAACUCUCUGGUUCCAAAUGGUGUGUCAAUGUCGUUAUACAUUUUUCCUUUUGAAUAUCACUCAUCACACAGCUUUCAGAUUUUUACAAUGUUCCAAAAAUUUUGAACGAAUUGUUGUACGAAUUAUUAAUUAUUGUACGAAGUAUUGGGAGAUUUUACACUGCAGCAUAAAUAAAUCCUACAAUAUUUGUCACCAAA